UAAUGGACCAUAAAGGAUCUAGAUGCAAGGUAGAGCCAUUUACAAGUGGAUAGGCUAUUUAUUUACAGAUUGCUUUAUUUUUGUAAACAUAUUUUCCAGUAUGACCUACUGGACAUAUUUUCUACACUGACAGCUUAUUCAAUCCACAAUUUGCUUUUUGAAUGCCUUCAAAGGAAGGAGUUGUCUAAUUUGGGAUCAAAGUCACUAUGUGGAAAAAACAUUUUUUCUUUUGCUUUUUACUUCUGGCUGUGACAACAAACCAGAUAGUAUAUGGGCAAAACAGAAAGAAAGGGAAGAAGUCUUAUUCUCUCGUGCAAAAAGAUGAAGGUGAUACGUGUCUCGUUGAUAUAGUCUUUAUCUUGGACAGUUCAGAAAGUGCCAAAAACCAGUUGUUUGAUUUACAGAAGAAUUUUGUUCAAAACUUAACUGACAGUAUUUUCCAGAUGAAGCCAGUUAAGUCUCAGAAGUAUAAUGUCAAACUAGCAAGUAUGCAGUUCAGCAGCACAGUCAGCAUUUAUCAUCCCUUUACAGCCUGGAAAAACGUGCAGAAUUUUAAAGAGAAAGUCGAGUCUCUGGGCUUUAUUGGCCAUGGCACCUACUCCUAUUAUGCAAUUUCCAAUGCCACUCAGCUGUUUAAAACUGAAGGUCGUAAGAGAAGUGCGAAAGUGGCUUUUUUGAUGACUGAUGGUGUGGAUCAUCCAAACAGCCCUAACAUCCAGGGUAUAGCCACAACAGCUAGGAGUCUUGGAAUACAUUUUUUUACCAUUGGCCUUUCUAAGAAAAAAGUCCAAGAAGAAAAAUUGCGUAUGAUAUCUGGUGAUUCAGCCUCUAAACACAUCUUAUGCCUGGAUGAUCAGAACCUGAUAGUUGAUGUAGCAUUGGAACUGGAAGCCUUGCUUCAGAAGCAGUGUAUGCGGAAGAACUGUGGGUGUGAAAAGGGAGUAAAAGGAGACAAAGGUGAUUCUGGCAGUGCUGGUAACAGAGGGGAAAAAGGUGAGCCAGGACCAAAAGGAAACAAGGGCGAUGCUCAGAAAGGAGAUCAUGGAGAAAAAGGUGAAGAGGGAGCUCCUGGCUACAAGGGAGACAAGGGUGAGAGAGGAGAAUGUGGAUCCCCAGGAGUAAAAGGGGAAAGAGGUUUGGAAGGUCCUUUUGGCCCUAGGGGACCUCGGGGACCUCAGGGUAUCAGCGGACCUCCAGGUGAGCCAGGCCCGAAAGGCAUUCAAGGAAGCAAGGGAGAGCAAGGCCCUUUAGGUCCCUAUGGUCCUCCAGGACUCCCUGGUGUUGGACAGCCAGGACCCAAGGGUGCUCAAGGUCAAGAAGGUAAAAUUGGAUUCCCAGGACCUCCUGGAACUGGUGAGCCAGGAUUACCUGGACCACGUGGCCCUGAUGGUCUGCCAGGUGAGAAAGGUCUACCAGGAGAGGGCAUUCAAGGCCAAAAGGGUGAAAAAGGCUCUAAAGGUGUAGCUGGUUCUCCUGGACUGCCAGGUCAACAAAUCAAAGGAGACAAGGGUGAACAAGGCCAAGUAGGACCACAGGGCCCAGCAGGACCACCAGGAAUAGGCAAUCCAGGAAGCCAGGGUAUACAGGGUCCACAAGGAAACCCUGGGGCAAAAGGAUCUAAAGGUUUUGGUCUGCCAGGUCCAAAGGGUCAACCAGGUGAACCUGGACAAAAAGGAGAACCAGGGCUUCCAGGAACUGGCGUACGAGGACUUAAAGGAGAUACAGGUCUAUCAGGACUCCCAGGAGAGAGAGGCAUGCAGGGAGAUCCUGGGAAGUCAGGGAAAAAGGGGGAAAAGGGCGAUCAAGGUCCAAGAGGCCCGGAAGGACCCCCUGGCAAAGGAGAUGUAGGCCAAAAGGGUGACCCCGGAGAAAAAGGAUCCCAAGGACUGAUUGGUUAUAAAGGAGUACAAGGCCCAGCUGGACCAAAAGGUGAACCGGGAGAGAGAGGACCACCUGGUGUCGCUGGAUCAUCUAUUCAGGGACCUGCUGGACCAAAGGGGGAUCCAGGACCCAAGGGGCCACCAGGAGAUGAUGGACUUCCUGGAAAUUCAAUAAUGGGACCAACGGGUAACCGGGGACUACCUGGUCUACCUGGACCCCGUGGAGCAAAAGGCGAUGGCCACAAAGGUGAAGCUGGACCUCCAGGACCAGCAGGCCCCCCAGGACCAGCAGGCCCAAAAGGCGUGGGAGAUGCUGGACCAAAGGGAGACCGUGGAAUGAGAGGCUAUCCUGGGCCCCCGGGGCCACGGGGAAGCGGAACGGUUGGUCCCAAGGGUAUUAUGGGACAGAAAGGCUUGCCUGGUCCACCUGGCCCCCCUGGCAACAGCAUACAAGGAAGCAAGGGAGAAAAAGGAAAUCAAGGUUUUCCUGGACCAAAGGGAUCAAUAGGAAUUGGCCUUCCUGGACCAAAGGGAGACUAUGGAGAUAAAGGUGAUCCAGGGAGCAAAGGUGCCAAAGGAGAGAUUGGAGACCCAGGACCUCCAGGACCAAAGGGAAUUUGGGGAAGAAAAGGUGAACCUGGUCUUUCGAGAGAAGAAGUUAUCAGGCUUAUCAAUGAAAUAUGUGGUUGUGGUAUCAGAUGUAAAGUAACACCACUGGAACUAGUAUUUGUCAUUGACAGUUCAGAAAGUGUUGGACCAGAUAACUUCAAUAUUAUCAAAACUUUUAUGAAAACAGUCAUUGACAAGGUAUCGGCCAACCAUGUUACAACCCGCAUUGGCAUUAUCAACUUCAGCCAUAAAGUGGAGUUGGUGUCUUCUCUGAAGCAAUACACAACCAAAGAAAACCUGAAAUCAGCUGUUGAUAAAAUGCCCUACUUCGGAGAAGGCACGUACACAGCUUCUGCUAUCCAAGAAGCCAUUCAGUUAUUUCAGGCAGCACGCCCAGCAGUAAGAAAAGUGGCUGUUGUAAUAACGGAUGGACAAGCAGACACUCGUGAUAAAGUACAGCUGGAUACUGUAGUAAGAGAGGCCCAUGCUACGAAUAUUGAGAUAUUUGUCAUUGGGAUCAUUCAAAGGACUGAUCCUCAUUAUGACGAUUUUCUGAAAGAAAUGCAGCUCAUUGCAACAGACCCUGAUGAAGAACAUGUUUACCAGAUAGAUGACUUCAUGACGCUUUCAGCUCUUGAAAAUAAACUGAUCACAAAAAUCUGUGAGAAUGUGUCUGAAGUCUACACCAGAAACGAUAGUUUAUCUCCAUCUCCAAGUCCGGAAUCUGAAAUUGCUAGUGAAGAUACUAACAGCCAGUUACACAAAAUGACUACUUCAGAUAUUUAUAUACUCCCUACGGAAGGAAUCAGUUACCCACUUAGUCCACCACGGACCAGAUAUACUGAGCCACUGCCAUCUGCUCAGGAUCACACUGCGACUACCUCUGCUCACAGAGAAUCGACAUUUCCCCUGCUUUAUGACAUAUCUGAAAUCAGGUCUCAGAGUCCAGUUGUCAAUUCUUUGUUCAAUGUAACAGCUACUGAAGAUCACCACCUAACUGUGUUGCAAACACAGGUAGCAACAACCGGAAAAGAUCCAAGGUGCUUGGAACCUAUGAAACCAGGGGAUUGUCGGGACUACGUGGUGAAAUGGUAUUAUGACAAGAAUGGCAAUUCUUGUGGCCAGUUCUGGUAUGGAGGUUGUAAUGGUACCAACAAUAGAUUUGAAACAGAAAAAGAAUGUCGAGAAACCUGCAUUGAUUGAUGAAUAAAAAUGGCUGCUGUUUGGAGUUUUUAAAGCUGGAAGUUCAUGUGUAUUGAGGAAGAACUGACCGAGAAGAAUCCAAAGUGAUGCGUUAACUUGAAUAUAUUACUACCACGCUCUACUACUUUCCUCACUAUGGUAUUCACUUUAACUAGAUUCCUGUAUAACGUAUGUUAUCUGCAACACCGUAGCAAUAACUUACAAUCACACAUACACACACACUGGAACAUACCUUUUCCUUCUGAAUUUAUGUUAACUUGUUACUACUACAUGUGGCAAUGAUGAGGUUCUAUUUUUAGGAUUAAAAUGUCAGAAGUGUUUACACUUAGCAUUUAAUGACAGAGGUCUCUCAGUGUCGCAGAAGAAUAAACUAUGCUCUAGUUUUAAACAAGAGUAAGUGGUUCCUGAAAUUAGCACUCUUAAUACAGCAUUUAGAGACGUAAAUUAAGAUUUCCAUUAAUUAGAGUACCUCUUUGGAAUG